AUGCCUCCGCUUAGUAAAAUUUGGUCUCAUUUUACAAAGCUCGGCCAUGAGGCUACUUCCUCUUCCUCUUCCUCUUCUUUAUCUCAAGAAACUCAUUUAGUUGAUACCUCAGUUAUUAAUUUUAUUGAUAUAAUUUCUUCUGCAGAGCAACAAGAAUUUGAAGUUUUAUUUGCAACUACUAUUUUUUGUUGUGGACUUCAUUUUUCAUUUUCUGAAUUAAAAUCAAUUU